UGGAAAUGAGUAGGCCUCAAAAUUUACAGCAUCAAAGGAGCUGGUAGAGAAAAAUCAGCAAAAAUUCAAACAAAAUAUGGCGUUAGCAAGCGAAACUUAAAAGAUACCUCGGCGGAUCCAGAACAACCCAAAGGACCCGUUAGUCAAGCAAGUCAAGAGUGACUUAUCGAUUGGCGCAGUUAUUCGUCAGCUACAGAGAAGUUACAAAGAAUUAGAAUCGUCUCUUUUUCUUGCUCAAAUGCGCCAAGCAUCACCACAGCUCUUCAACGCCACAUGAGGGUCGCAUGGGAAUUAUUGAGACAGUCCUAUGAUGAUCUUUAUAAAAAGCCUGGGGCAGACGGAGCGGGCACAGAAGAGGUCAAUCGAUUUCAGACCUUAUACGAAGAAUGUAAUACCUUAUGCGAAGUAUAUAAUAUGCCAUUGCUUCGAGAAAACGACUCUCUAAUGAGCCUAAAUCUGGCUUUAUCACAAAUCAGUAUUCCCGAGAUUUAUGGCGAAUAUCUAGAUUGGCCCAGGUUUCACGAUUUAUUUUUGGAAUUAGUGCAUAAUAAGACAUACUCCGCCAGCCAGAGGCUGCAUAUUCUACAAGGCUCAAUCCGCGGUGAAGAAUGAAACGUUGUGAUAGGUACAUUUCAGUAAAAUUUUUGUUGUCAUAAAAUGUAGGCGCUACAGAUUUUCGCGGAUUGCAGGGGUGGCACCCUGCUGAAACAAACUUGCGCUGCAUAGGACAUCCAGUAAUCUGCAUGCCAAAUCUGAAUGUUCUAGCUCUUAUAGUUUCCAAGAUCUCAGCGUUCAUACGGACGGACGGAAAGACGGACAAGGUUAGAUCGACUCGGCUAGUUAUCCUGAUCAAGAAUAUAUAUUCUUUAUGGGGUCGGAAACGCUUCCUUUUACCUGUUACAUACAUUCUGACUAAUCUACUAUACUCUUUUAUUCUACGAGUAACCGGCAUAAAAAUACUUAGAAUGUAUAUAUGAAAAUGGAAUCAAUUUUUUGAAGCCUCUAAAGCAGGUAUAAUGUACCUCUAAACAAAUAAUUGAUUUCAAAAUAAUUUUAAUUAAACUGAUGAACAUUA